AUGUCUUCCGGUUACAAGCUUCCAUCCCAGGUCCAACUCCUUCACCAGACCUCCCAGCUCAAGGGACUUAUGACCAUUGUCCGCUCAAAGGAAACCCAGAGAGGCGACUUCAUUUUCUAUGCUGACCGUAUCAUUCGUCUUCUUGUCGAAGAAGGACUCAACCACCUUCCCGUUAUCAACAAGGCUAUUGAGACACCCACUGGAUCCAAGUACAGCGGUCUUUCCUUCGAAGGUCGUAUCUGUGGUGUUUCCAUUAUGCGCGCUGGUGAAGCCAUGGAGCAGGGUUUGAGAGAAUGUUGCCGGAGCGUGAGAAUCGGUAAGAUCCUCAUCCAGCGUGAUGAAGAGACCCACCAGCCCAAGCUUUACUACGCUAAGCUCCCCAAGGAUAUUGCCUCCCGCUAUGUCUUGUUGUUGGACCCUAUGCUCGCUACUGGUGGUUCUGCUAUCCAGGCUGUCAAGGUCUUGUUGGACAACAACGUUAAGGAAGAGCGUAUUAUCUUCUUGAACUUGAUUGCUUCCCCAGAGGGUAUUGCUUCUUUCAUUGAACAGUUCCCCAAGAUCAAGAUUGUUGUUGGUGAGGUUGAUGCUGGACUUGAUGCAGCAAAGUAUAUUGUCCCUGGCUGCGGUGAUUUUGGCUGCAGAUACUUUGGAACUGAUUAAACGCAUGGUCAAACACAAUUUUUUUAUAUAUUUAAAAAAGAAAAAAUACAGAAAAAGAAACCUAUAAUAAUAAUAAAAAAAAAGACAAUCAAUAAAGGCAUUCAAACACAACAC